CACGCAAGUCUUUGUCCUCCAUAUGAUUGGCAGCGCUGUUUCUUUCACCUAAUCAUCUCCAUUAUUGCCUGAUUCAGCUCACUGGUGUGCUUAAAAGCCAUAGUCACAUUGUAAUGCAAAGCAGCAUAGCCAGUCAUAAAGAGAAACAGCAGCUGGAGGUACCUGCACCUACUGGCAGGUAAACAGACCAAAUCAAGCUGAGCUCUGUUUAAUUGAUCACGGAAAGGUAUUCUUACAUAUUGUUGUUGGCCAGUCAUAUUAUCUUGUUUCCCCACACAGGAUGAGGAGUGUUGUGAAUAUAUGCUUGUUCGUCACAGACAGCUGACCUAUUUAAGUGUUAUGUCAGGCUGAAAAGAUAAAGAAAGGACAGGAGACAGGGAGGGUGACAAACCGACACAGCUGCUGGUCGACGUACAAUACAGUUAUUAGUCAUAACAGAAGAUGAAUAGUCAGAUUCCUGUGAUGAUGCAUUCAAAAAAGUUAAGAUUUUUUGCCCACAGUCUGGGGAGGUUUGUGUUCUUACUGGGUUUUCUAACAAUAGGUAAGUGUAACUUAUCUCACAAAACAAUGAUUUAAGAUGUUGUUGACUAUGUGAGUGUUUAUGAAAAUACUCCGAGCUUCGUUUCACAUUUGUCUCCAAUUUAAGGAUGUAGAUCUGAUGACUCCACCUGCACAAGUCGCAGAUGUCUGGCUGAAAUGCUGAUAAAUAAAAACAUUUCAUCUCAACCGCAGUACCAAAACUGCAAUCAUACGAUAUAUGUGCCAGUCAUUGAGUACCAAACACUGUCAGUUAGCACAAAGCAGCUCCUCCUAACAAGUUAUAUGAAAGCCACACUUAUAUGGAAUGACCCUGAGAUGAGUUGGAACACAUCAGUUUAUAAUUAUGAUGAGGUGGUUCUGCCAGCAGGCAAUGUCUGGACCCCAGAGCUCCAAAUAGCCAAUGGACUACAAACCUCUAUAGAGGACGGCUCUAAGGACCUGCUGGUAUACAGUAACGGCACCCUGAGGCACACUGUGUUGGUUACUACGGAGGUGGACUGUGAAGUCAACAUGUUCAACUAUCCCUUCGCUGAUGAUAGUUGUCCCGUCGCAGUCGAAUCAUGGUCCUUUGACGGAUGUGGUACACAGCUGGUAUUUGGUGAUUUGCGGUUGAAUGGUGGUUCCCAGGGAGACUGGAAAACUACCAAUGUGUCCUUCGAGUCAAAGGGAAAUCAACACACAUACAUCCUGGUGUCACUUAGCCUGAAAUAUGGCAACCCCUUCAUCACAUUACUGCUGCCCAGUUUUCUUCUCGUCCUGGCUGACAUGGUCAGCUUUGCCCUGCCAGUGGGAGGCGGCGAACGCAACGGUUUUAAAGUCACUCUGGUGCUCAGCUUCACCAUGUUCCUUGGCAUCCUCAAUGAUGAGCUCCCAGGAGACUCCCAGUGCAGCCCGGUCAUCCGUCAGUCAGCUCGCAUGCAUGUCAUGAAACAUACAAACAUACUCAAAAGGCACAACAAAAUACACUGUACGAGCACCAUCACAUUGUGA